AGUUGCCACCUGCCUUCUUCUUCUUUAAAGGCCCCCUCACUAAAACCCUAAAACCCUAAUUGGGUUUUCUCUGUCAAACAUUUUCCUUCUCAUCUCACCUCCCUCCUCUAGAUCUGAAAAUGAUCAGCACAGUUCUCCGCCGAUCCGUCCUUGGUGCCUCAAGGCGGACUCAGACUCUCUCCGCCUCUCUCACCUCCAUCAACGCCGCUCUACUUCACCACCUUACUCCAUCCCCCUCCGCCGCCACAGUCUCCGAUCUCAAAUCUGGCGCCGCUCUCCCUCAGACUACGAACCCGUAUGGCGUUAAAGCGAGAGACUUUCAUUUCCAAUCCCGACCGUCGGAGUUCAGAGCGUCCAUGGCUUCUUCCGCUGGAUUCGCGGCUCAAGAUUACGCCCCUUCGUAUGACGGAGGAGAUUCGGAGGAGAGUGUUGGCAGCAGCGGUGACGGCGGUGAUGGGUUAGCGAUAUCUGACCUUGGGAUCUCUCCGGAGAUCGUCAAAGCUUUGAGUGGUAGAGGAAUCGAUAAACUCUUCCCUAUUCAGAAAGCUGUGCUUGAGCCAGCGAUGCAAGGUCGGGACAUGAUCGGUCGUGCUAGGACAGGAACAGGAAAGACCCUUGCUUUCGGGAUUCCCGUCAUCGACAAAAUCAUCAAGUUCAACGCUAAACACGGGCGUGGGAAGAACCCUCUUUGUUUGGUUCUGGCUCCGACAAGAGAGCUUGCUCGUCAGGUUGAGAAGGAGUUCAGGGAGUCUGCUCCAAGCUUGGAUACCAUCUGUCUGUACGGGGGUACACCCAUUGGACAGCAGAUGAGGGAGCUCAACUACGGUGUCGAUGUAGCCGUUGGAACUCCGGGUCGUAUCAUCGAUCUAAUGAAAAGGGGAGCUUUGAAUCUCUCAGAGGUUCAGUUUAUUGUUCUCGAUGAAGCUGAUCAGAUGCUUCAGGUUGGAUUCGCGGAGGAUGUUGAAGUUAUAUUGCAAAAGUUGCCUGAGAAGCGUCAGAGCAUGAUGUUUUCUGCUACAAUGCCGAGUUGGAUCAGAUCUCUCACCAAAAAGUACCUGAAUAAUCCUUUGACAAUUGAUCUUGUUGGAGAUUCUGAUCAGAAACUUGCAGAUGGGAUUACAAUGUACUCUAUCUCAGCAGAUUCUUAUGGAAAAGCAUCCAUCAUUGGUCCUCUUGUAGAGGCGCAUGGUAAAGGAGGAAAAUGCAUCGUGUUUACACAAACUAAACGUGAUGCUGAUCGCCUUUCGUAUGGAUUGGCGAAAACCUUCAAAUGUGAAGCUUUACACGGUGACAUAUCGCAGAGCCAGAGAGAAAGAACACUAGCUGGUUUCAGAGAUGGGAAUUUCAAUAUCCUUGUUGCAACUGAUGUUGCUGCUCGUGGACUCGAUGUCCCUAAUGUCGACUUGGUAAUUCAUUACGAGCUUCCUAAUAACACGGAGACGUUUGUUCACCGAACGGGGAGAACAGGUCGUGCUGGAAAGAAAGGAAAUGCGAUUCUUAUUCAUGGUCCAGAGCAAUCAAGGGCAGUUAAAAUGAUUGAGAGAGAAGUGGGAAGCAAAUUCACUGAGCUUCCUAGCAUUCCUGUGGAGCGUGGAAGCGGAAGCAUGUUUGAAGGAAUAGGUGGUCGAUCUGGUGGAUCCUAUGGAGGAGGUAUGAGGGAUCGCAGUUCAAGCUAUGGUGGUCGUUCAGGUGGUUAUGGUGGUGGUGGUGGUAGUGGUAGAUAUGGUGGUGAUCGUUCAGAAGGAUCAGGCAACCGUUAUUCUGGUGGUUCAGAUCGUUCCUCUGGUUACGGGGGCUUUGGUUCAGGAGGUUCAAACCGUUCAUCAGGAGGUUAUGGGGGAUUUGGUUCAGACCGUUCUUCACAGUCAAGUGGAAGGAGCAGCUUUGGUGGGUUUGGAUUAAAGGAUCCUAACAGCUCUUACUGAGUUAAUGAUCCGACCGGCAAUAAUGGAGGGAGGGCUUGGUGUCUCGAGUAGGGAGUUUAGUUACAAGGAGUCAAAGCUAUGUUAGCUCCCUGUCUCAUAAACAAACAUUAUUUUAUUUUGAAGUUUAUUGUCAUCAUUUAUUUUCUACAUGGGUAGAAGAAGUAUUGUUCCUUUCUAUUUGUACUUGGCCACUUCCAUUAACAUAAACGAUUCUCUCGUCCA